AUGGCGGAUUUUGAUAUCACAGUAAACGAUGCGGCCCUGAAACUUGAAACGCACACCAAUAUCAACGUCGACAACGACGAGGACCUGAUCGACUACGACAGUGACGAUGCGUUUGUGAUGGAGCCUUGCCCAGAACACACCACGAACACAACCGCCACGCAAACACUGGAUGCGGAAGAAUUCGUCACCGAGGCAACUCCUGCUGUACCAGACGCGUCCGAAUCGGCCAAGAUGUCGCAAGGUGCCGCGCCGUUGCCUGGGGCUACCAUCAGCGAAUCGGGCCAGCAAGAAAUUGGUGCAGCUGGAGAACAGGGACAAGACGACGGAAAUUUCGAUGACUUUGCCCUCGAGGGUGAGAACGCGGCAGAGCAGGUUCUUACCACUACUGGCGCCGACCAAGCACGUGGCUCUAUCCAUGAGAUCGAUUAUGAGGAUGACGGCUUUGCCUUUGAUGUACCCGCUGGUGGCGUGAAUCAGCCGCCCUCGGCCGCGUCCCCGGAAAACGUUCAGGACUCUGAAGAUCCGAUGCCCGAGGUCCCGAAGAGUGCCGCCACCGAAGCCCCGGCUAAACACUACGAGAUUGACUGGGAAGAUGAUGAAGAAAGCGUUGGCUUCGGCACCGAAGAGGGCACAGCCCAAGGCGGCACAGAUGCUGUAGCUGCUGACGUCUACGCCGACAACAUUGGCGAGCAAGAUCCCAAAGCCGCCCAAGAAAGCUUUGAUGCGGAGGACGAAGCCGCGCAGCCCGAGGAUCAAGUGGCUGCGCAGGAGCCGGCUCAGCCAGAACCCUUUCCUGCCAUCAUAGUGCAGUACAGAGGAGAGGAGUUCCCCAUGUUCUCUUUCUCUUCAGAUGGGUUCUUCUCCGAUAUCUCUAUCCUUGACGAAAACAUGAAGGUCGUCCUCGACGGGCUGCGGGAGGAAUUAGCCGAUGAAAUUGGCCCACACGACGACCUCGUCCUCCAAGUCGAUAAGCUCGGACUUGAGUUUUCCGAGUCGUCCCCAAGUGAUACACUCUCUGAAAUCAACUUGCGCCAGGUUUCGGAAAUACUUGAUAUCCUUGUGAAGAAUAAGGACUUUGAUGAUUCCCGUAUCCUGUACACGUACUUGUUUACACGCCCCAACACGAUGAAGCGCUACGAGUUCCUGGUUGAAAGCGCAACGGGAGACAAGGGUCUUGCAGAAGUCAUUCACCUGUUCCAGCCCCCAACCCAUGGCAAUACCCUGGAAGCCACAGGCGCCCAUGACGGCCACGAAGAACAGCUUGAUAGCUAUGAGAGCACCGGUGAUGAUGCUACGGCCCAUAGCAGCCACGACAACACCGAAGCCUACGGGGAUGCGGCUUUCUUGGAUGAUGGCUAUGCCCAUAACGACGACUACCAAGAUGAGAACGACGCCGGCCGCGACGAAGGUCCCGUCGACCCCAGCACUGGCGAAGCGGUCGCGAUUGGCCUGCAAGACAGUUCCGUUGGUGGCGCUACCGACGUACAGCCAAACCUGACGAAAAGAUCAUUUCCUGGAGAACCUGAUGGGGAUGACGGGAAUGACGUCAAGCGUCGUCGAUCCUGA